AAUUUCUGGUCCUUUUUCAUUUCUCUCUCUUCGUUUUUCCUUGGCUUCAAAGUCUACCUUGCUUCGUCUUCCUGUCUUUACUCUGGCACAAAAUCCAAAGCUCUACAGAAGCUCACUUUCUCACCAAUGGAGGAACCAAGCCCUUACCGACAACCCCAUUUUCCAUAUGCAGAUCUAAAUUCAGCUCUUCAGCCAAACCCCAUGAGACGACGAGGUAAGUCAUGUACUCACUUUCUUUUCAAAAUUCUUUUCGUUGCCGUAGUUAUCAUUGUUCUACCAUUGUUCCCUUCACAAGCUCCUGAAUUUAUUAACGAAUCCAUUAUCACUAAGCUCUGGGAGCUUCUUCACCUUCUUUUCAUUGGCAUUGCCGUUUCUUAUGGUUUGUUUAGCCGAAGAAAUGUUGAAAUAAGCUUUGAGACUCAGUCCUCAAAGAUUGAAAAUUUACACCAUGAUAUUUCUUCAAUGUUUCACGUUUCAUCGAAUUUUGAAGAUGGGUAUGUAAAUCCAUAUGGGUCUGAUGAGAAGAGACUGAUUCAGAGUCGUAACGAUCAGUAUCAUCUUGUAGGUGAGUCUAGGACUCUGGCUUCAAGUAUGAACGACACUGUUAUUGAUGAACAGUGCGAUCCCAAUUUGUCUGUUAGUGAAAAUGGUCCAGAAAAUCCUUGUGGUUAUGGGGAAAGGAAUGUUUUUCAGGCUUGGAAUUCUAAGUAUUUCCAGGGUGAGUCAAUGGUUGUAGUGGCUCAACCUAACUAUGGUGUUGGCGAGUGGGGUGAACCUAGAUCGACAGCUGAUUAUAAGCCGUUAGGAUUGCCUGUAAGGAGUUUGAAAUCAAGAAUAAGGAAAAGGGAUAGUGCAGAACUUGUUAAUGAUUAUGAGUCUGGUUCGGGUUCUCAGGGUUCAUUAUCUAAGAGUUCUGUUAAAGAUCCACAAGAGAACUUUGGCGAGUUGGGUCCUCAAAAUGAAGGCCAUGAGUUCAGUGAAGCUGUUGCUUCACCUUCCCCAGUUCCAUGGCGUUCAGGAUCUGGAAGGAGGGCAAUGAGAGAAAAACUUUAUAGUGAUAGUCGUCCUUCACAUUUUAGGCCACUCUCAGUUGAUGAAACUCAAUUUGAAUCUCUCAGAAAAACCAGAUCACCUUUUUUGCGGUCUGCGGCUUCAUUUUCUUUUCGUGCUAGUUCUUCCUCCCCUGGAAAUGGUUCCCCCUCACAUUCUGUUUCUUCUGAAGAAAUUAGCUCGAAAAUGGAGGACGAAUGCAGCAAUACUAAGAGCUUUCAAGGGUCUUAUGCUUCUUCAAGUUCUCCGUCAGCACCCAACAUAAAGAAGCCAGAUGUAAGAAAUUCAAAGAGUUAUCAAGAAUCCUCUGGUUCAGACUCACCGCCAUCCCCAAAACUGAAUGAUGAAGCUUCAGAAGUAAUGAACUCAGAAAUGGAAGAUGAUGGCAACAGAACUAAAGGUUAUGGAUGGUCUCCUGCUCCGUCAGAUUUUCCUUUGCCACCGAAACCAAUGAAUGAUCAAGCUUCUGAAGUAAUGAACUCAGAAAUGGAACAAGAUGGUAGCAAACCAAAUGGUUUUCGAGGGUCUUCUGCUUCUUCAGGUUUUCCUCUGCUACCAAAGCCAAUAAAACAAGGUUGCAGGAAAACGAAGAGCUUCCAAGGAUCUUCCGCUUCAGGUUCGGCAUCACCACCAAAACCAGUGAAUGACAAAGCUUCAUUCAGUGGAUUUCACGCAAGGGGACAUAGUGUUGGUUCCUUCUAUGAAAAUGAUUUGGCAGGCCCGAAAGAUUACUUGAAGGAACAGGAACUGAGUGAGAGUAGAAGAGAAGACCUGUUGAGUAACAAGGAGAGUGAAGCAAGUUCACUGAAAUCAGAAAGGAAAGUGUCGAGUCCCACAAAAGCUUCUUUAAGGGGAAAAUCAGUUCGGACAAUCAGGUCUCGUGGACCAACCACCAAGGCAUACGACAAUGGUGACAUGGCUGAAGAGAUGUAUGGCAAUAUUGAAAUGCCAUACGUAAGAAAGGAAACAGUGAAAUAUGAAGGUGUUGACAGCCUGGUUAGUGGAAGCAGUAAGCCAAACCUUGAUAAUGCCUCUGCCAUGAAAAAAAAUACAGUUCCUGAAUAUCAAAAUAGAGAGAGGCAAGAAUUUUCUGAGAAUGUUUCCAAAGGAUCUGAAGAAGAUGAUGCGAAGAAUGAGGCAGAGGACAGGGCUAAUAAAUUUUGGUUAAGCUCGCGAGGAGAUGCUGACUCUGAAUCUGUCGUUGAUGCAACAUCAGAUUCUAAUGAAGUUGACAAGAAAGCUGGUGAAUUUAUAGCCAAAUUUAGAGAACAAAUAAUGCUUCAAAAAAUGGCUUCUAUUGAUAGAUCAAAAGGUUUGAAACUAGGUGGCGACUAUCUUAAGUGACAUUUUUACAAGCUUAAGAAAGGCUACAGAUUCUUGCUGAUAGCUUCUGCCAUCUCGUUCUCCAUUGUGUACACAUUAAGCUUUAAUUUAUGGUUUGCUGUAUUUACUCACAGUUGAUUGCAAAUUUCACUGCUCAAUAUUUGAGCAACUGUUGGGAAAGCUUUGCCAGUCUAGUUUUCUGCUGUGGUGUAUUGCUUCAUCGUUCAUUAUGAAAGAAUAAUUUUCCAAUA